CUCUCGCCUUUUCGCGAGCGCCUGGUGUCGUCGCUGUGUGCUGAUGAUUAGUGGGCGCAUGGUCGUGGUACUGUCGGGAUCGUGCUGUGGAACUGGUAUUUGUCGCUUAUAUCAACACAAAGAUAUGUGGUGAAACACUGCCAUUUCAACAUGAUGUAUAUUCGAACAACCUGUGUCUUUUUUGGAAUCAUGUCAUGGUCGUGUUUCUGGACAUAUGGAGUGGAUGGAACGCCGACAUAUGAAGCGACAUAUCCUGUCACCCAGAAUACAUCAGUUGUAGCGGGAAGUGAUGUUGUUUUGGAGUGUACGGGUAGAGCACCAGGCGUGUACGUCUGGUCCAUAGCUGGUAGGAGUGAGUUUGUUGCGGAUUUACAAGGAACGUCUGAAAAAUGCCAUAUACGCUUCGGAAAACCAGUUCUACCCGGCCUGUCAUUGGGAAACACGGACUGCACUAAACAUGCUCUCAACAUCUCCAACAUCAGCAACGAGCACGAUGGAAUUUGGAGUUGCAGAUUAGACAAAUACUCAACCAGGAAAAUCCAUGUCCAUGUUGUGGCGCCACCGGCAGAACAAACAACUUUAAAAACAACGAGUCUGGCAUCGUCAACAAGGAGAAAAGUGACAUCAACAUCAACAGCUCAAGCCACUACUACGUCCACUGCCCCCGGACCUACUCACUCAACAAAUAAACCUACAACCUCUGUAACGGAUACAAGCAGCACUGGGUACAAGAAUGAAAGCAGAACCAAAGACUCUACAAAUCCCCAAACACCCCCCGUAAACUCCAUGCUUCCCCUGCUUGGAGGAACCAUUGGCGGUGCUCUGGUUCUACUUGCUGCCGUCAUCGCUGUCUGCUGCUUACUCCGAUCAAGGAAACAGAGGCAAACCGAUGGCUCUGCUGAGCGGCCUGUCAAAGGUCAUCACAGAAAUCAAGAUCCGGAACAGGGAGAAGAUGAUGUGAUGGUGGGUAAUCCCAUCUACAGCAGCUACGAUGGGGGCGUGGACUAUGCCCAGAUAGGUGGGGCCAGACAGACAGCCAGCACCAAGGACCCCCAGGCGUCCCCUGGUACAUCUCAGGAGGUUGCAGACAUAUACGCCAUCCCGGAUAAACAGCGUUCAUCAACACUGAAUGCGGAGGCCGUUGCCUGUGAUGUGUACAGCGUCGUACAGAAACAACCCAAGUCGGAAGGCCAGGGAAUGUCACACCAACCGACGGACAAAGAUGCGGAGGCCGUUGCCUGUGAUGUGUACAGCGUCGUACAGAAACAACCCAAAACGGAAGGCCAGGGAAUGUCACACCAGCCGACGGACAAAGAUGAUGGGGCUGCUGAAUGUGAUGUGUACAGCGUGGUACAGAAACAGCCCAAGUGAGAGGAUCGGGCAGAGUCACUCCAGUCGACAGACAAGGGAGGUGAGAUGUCUGAGCUGUACAGCUAGGUGUAGAAGCCACAAGAUCAUGGGUAGUAAGACAAGAUGAAGACUGUGAAGUGGACUGUGAGGUGGACAGUGUGGUGCAGCUUCUCUUUUGUGUUUUUUUUCUUUGUUACCUUUUGUUAUGAUAAUUACCAAUUUAUUGUUAUUCUGCACAGAUAAUUCAGGUCCAACGGGGCACAGUUUAGUAGAAACAAUGCUGAGAAAGAACAUGCCACAAGACAAACCAGGAACAGAUGAGUUGGACCUGUAGCUCUCUACCGUUAAACAACAUAUUCAGUGUACAGCUAUUCUAUUCUUCUAAACCAAACAGAUGAUAAAUAACACGGAUCGGAUGUUUGUCACAUAUUGCUUGAGUAUAUCCUACAAGAUAUCGCUACAAUGGAACUGCAUCACGCUUUGCAUACCAUUGUGACGUCAUCGUUACAAUGCCGUCACUAAUCUAUAACAGAAGCUGGUUAGCUGUAGUUUAAUUACUCAAGACACUGGUUAGUACUGUUUGCAUUGGCAAAAGGCUAGAAGAUUGAUUCAGGACGAUAAGAAUAAUCUCACCCGCGUGUCUUUUGAUAUCAAAUAUAUCAACACGAAUUAAAACUCCGACGCUUUGGUUUAGAUUUUUGAUGUAACCCAUUUGAUAUAUGUAGAAUAUGUAGAAUAUGACAAAUAUAUACUUGUGACUCAAACUGCUUAUUUUGCUUUUAAUAUGAUGUGCUUUUGUCACAGUUAGUAAUAAUUAGCACGUGUCAUUAUUGAAUACUAUGUUGUAUUAUUUUUUCAAAUACAUUCCAGAUGGUUCAUUUGUCCUUGCAUCGAAUACUCAAUAAUACCGUCAAUCAUAUACACCAGUGUUACUGAUGUUGUUAGAUACAAGUCACGAUAUGGCUGAAAUAUUGCCCAUGUGACGUUUCAGUUUUACUGACUUGGUUCAUGCAUGUCCAGUUGUUUAUUCACAAAAAGUGUUAGGCCGUAGGCCUAUUACACAGAAGUAUUUACAGAGAGAGGGAGAAAAAAGAAUUACCACUAGUUUACAUAUACAUCCAUAUCCAUACACAUUCAUACACAUGCAUAUACACAAAUAAAUAUUUAGACUGUAUGUAAUGAACGAAGUCGAAAAGCUUUGUAAACGUAGACUGCUAGAUUUCGUAUGAUUUUAGAGUUAGUGGAUGACAUAAGAGCAUUAAAUUUAUUUUUAGAAGGGGUUGUAAAAUAUUUAGGAGGAAUGUAUUCAGCUCUUAAAUUAUUAUAAGCAUUGCAUACAAGCACAAAAUGAUAUUCGUCCUCAAUAAAAUUCUGGUUACACAUCAAA